CUGCGCACGGGCUCUGGAGCACCGGAUCCCGGCUUGGAAGCCAAUGAAGAGUCGGUGGUGCCCGGGCCGUAUGGAGUACCGUCGUCCAUAAUUAAACGAGUCUCGGGGCUAUUUUUUCUUCUUUUUUUGGUGUGGUGGUAAACGACGUUAGAAUCGCCGUAGCAGAGGUCUUCAAUCUCCCUUCACCCCUCUCCUCCCUGUGGAUCAUAGGAACGCCCCGUCAUCACCCCUUUCUCUCCAGACAGACCAGCAGAUGGAUUCCCGGAUCGCCUUUCAUCCUUAAUACCUUGUCUCUCUCUCUCUGCCCAUCUCCCAACUCCACCACUUUCCUAUGUCAUAAUGGGUACCUGGAUGGUUUACAAAGUACUCUAGGUCCCUAGAGCAAGGCAUUGCUCUGCUGUUGACACUUAAGUGUUUGUCAGAAUGGACAGGUGUCUUGGGGUGUUAGGAGCGACAAAUCAGCAUCCACAUUCACAAUGUAAACCUGAUAUCCAUGACGGAUCUGAGAGAGGAAAGGGAAAAAAAGAAAGAUAGAUUCAGCUAACGUUCAAAUUGCCUCGUAUCAUCUUUAAUGACAGCUAGUGGAAUCUGGGAAAUCUGAAGUGCCUUGCCUAAGGGAACGCCAGCAGGGAUCAAGAAAUGUACAUCAAGGAACCUCCAAUCAUCCUUUUGUACCGACACACCUCCAUCCUUUUCCACAGUUUUCUUCAGUUCAGUUUGGUCUGGUGGUGUGCUUUUUAAGCUACGUGUCUCCUUCCUUUAAUUCUUCCCAUCCCUCUUUGUUUUUCUUUGUUUUUUUGCUCGCCUAUCAGGCCUCCACCAUUCGCCCCUCUCUCGCAACUGCAGUCCUCUCCCCCGCCCCUGCCCCCAGUCAUCGUCCGCCUGCCUCUCCACCUCCCGUACCCCUUCCCCCCACCACCAUCAUCAUCAUCAUCACCUCCACCACCACCAUCUUCAUCCAAAGCCCAACUCCCACCAGCACCAAAAUCGCCACCACCAACUUUCCUCCUCUCCCCCUCGCUUCUUGUCCCCUCCCUUUCUUGCCUCAUCUUCUGCAGAAACUAUGGCUAUGGCUGCCACUGCCACCUCUCCCUCAUCCCCGUCGUCCUCAUCAUCGGCCAACGGCAGCGCCAGGGAGCACCUGCUUGCGGUGCGUCGGCGCACCCCACACACCCGGCCAUACACAAUUUGUCCAGAUAACCUCCGCAGCCUGUCGAUGCAGGGCACAGUCGGGGAAGCAGGUGCCUCUGUGUCCACCUCUCCCACUACGUCGUCAGGGAGCCAACCAGAAACAGCGGGAGUGGGGCUCCAGCGGGCCAAUAGCGACACAGACCUGGUGACAUCAGACAGUCGCUCAUCACUCGCGGCGUCUACAUACCAGCUGACUCUAGGCCACAGCCACCUGGUAAUCUCCUGGGACAUCAAGGAAGAAGUGGAUGCCACCGACUGGAUCGGCUUGUACCACAUCGAUGAGACGUGUGUGGCCAACGUGUGGGACUCCAAGAAUCGUGGAGUGAAUGGCACACAGAGAGGACAGAUCGUUUGGAGACUGGAGCCGGAACCCUACUUCAUGGAGCCAGAGACUAAGAUCUGCUUUAAAUACUAUCAUGGCGUAAGUGGAGCAUUAAGAGCAACAACACCUUGUAUCACCAUCAAGAAUCCUGGAGUAACGGUGGGCAGUGAAGGCCAAGUGGAGGACCAAUCAGGGACUGAGCACUGUCGUAAACUAGUGAGCUUCACCCUAUCCGACAUAAGGGCGGUUGGCCUGAAGAAGGGCAUGUUCUUCAACCCCGACCCCUACCUGAAAAUGUCGAUCCAGCCCGGGAAGAGAAGCGGCCUCCCCAAGUUCACCCACCACGGCCAAGAGAGACGCUCCUCCAUCAUAGCCAACACCACCAACCCUGUGUGGCACGGGGAGAAGUACACCUUUGUGGCUCUGAUGACUGACGUGUUGGAGAUUGAGGUGAAGGAUAAGUUUGCCAAGAGCCGACCAAUCAUCAAGCGGUUUCUCGGUCAGCUGAUCAGCCCUGUGCAGAGGCUUCUGGAGGGGCCGACCGCUGAUGAUCAGCCAGUUAGCUACAGCCUGUGCCGUCGUCUCCCUACGGACCAUGUGAGCGGGCAGCUUUCGUUCAGGUUGGAUGUCACCUCCACUGGACAUGAAGAAGCCUCCCCAGAGGCUGUGGGAACCAUCUUAGGUUCAGUAAACGGUGACCCUGGAAGUCCAUCAGACGACGAAGACCUCCCUCACCAAUCCUCCUCUUCACGCAUCACAUACAGACCUUCUCCAACAGGCCCUGACGAAGGCUCCACGUUAGUCAAUGGUGCUUGUUACUAUGGCGAUGAAAGCAUUUGGCGGGAGCCUGGGCAGAUGGGGCAGGAGGAACUGCUUUCUGCGGCUCUGGGCUGUCACACCCACCGGCAGGUGUCGCUCAAUGACUACCUGGACGCCAUCGAGGCUCCGGGGAGCCCAGGAGACCUACCUCUGGUGGGGCCUUUGCCGAAACUCCGCUCCAGCUUUCCAACAGACACACGGCUCAAUGCUAUGCUGCACAUAGACUCAGAUGAGGAUGACGAGAUGGCGGGGCAGCACAGGGAGCAAUCCCAGGAGACAAGGACACAGCAUAACACAGACUUAGCAUCAUCGAGGAGUUUGGCUACAUCUGAGUCUCGACAGGGGAGCGAGGGUUCAAAAGGAGAGCCACAGGGGCAGACAGGAGCUGGAGCUGGGGCCACAACAGAGGCCGGUUCCUCUGCAAGGGAUCAGCCUGGACCUGAACCUGCAGGGUCUGAACCUGGAGAUGAAGCUGCAGAAGAACAGGCAGGAACAUUAACAGCUUCCGAGACUGCAGCUGGGACCAGAGAGGUUGCUGGAGCGUCAGCAGAGGCUGCACACACCACUGGAGAAACUUUGACAGCUUCCAUCUCAUCCCAGGCAUCAGUGACUGAUGUACAACCAGCACAAUGUACCUGUCAGGAGCAGAACAGCAGGACAGGGGCAAACCAGGAAGUACCCUGCAAUCCCUCACUUGGUCCACUUUCACCCAUUCAGGAGGUGGAGACAAGAAAGGAAGUGGCUCCGAAGGCAGAGGAGGAAGGGGAGUCAUCAAGCAGCGAGGCAAAUGGACCAGUAGCAGCAGCUGCUCCUAUGAACAGCAUCAUAGCUAACCAAGGAGGAGGGAUUUCGGAAGUUGGAGCGCGAGCCAGCGACAGAAGCCGUCGGGAGGAGCAGGAGGAUGGAGAGGUCUGGAGGAGGAGGCAGUCCAUGCAGGCCUCUGGAGGCAUAGCUCAAAACCAUGAGGAGUGUGGGGCCAGAGACUGUCAGAACGGGACAGUGGGGGUGGAGAGAGAGACAGACUGGGAGGCUCGUAUCGACAGCCAUGGUAGGAUCUUUUACGUGGACCAUGUGAACAGAACCACAACUUGGCAGCGUCCCACCGCUCCCCCUGCCCCACAGACUCUCCAAAGGUCCAACUCCAUACAGCAAAUGGAGCAGCUGAACCGCAGGUAUCAGAGUAUACGUAGGACGAUAACCAAUGACAGCAGACCAGAGGAGCAGCCAGCCAAUGACCUUCUGGCAGAUGAGACAGACAUGCAUCCUUCCAUACCAGAGCUGCAUAGGGACAGCACAGUGGCUCAGUCUGGUUCAAGGUCUCGCCUCACUCUGCUGCUUCAGUCCCCCAGUGCGAAGUUCCUCACCAGCCCCGACUUCUUCACUGUGCUGCAUUCCAACCCUAGUGCCUACCGUUUGUUCACCACCAACACGUGUCUGAAGCAUAUGAUCAGUAAGGUUCGUCGGGAUGCUCACCACUUUGAGCGCUACCAGCACAACAGGGAUCUGGUGGCCUUCCUCAACAUGUUCGCCAACAAACAGCUGGAGCUGCCGAGAGGCUGGGAGAUGAAGCACGACCACACUGGCAAGUCUUUCUUCGUGGACCAUAACUGCCGGGCCACCACUUUCAUCGACCCCCGGCUUCCGCUCCAGAGCACUAGGCCCCCGAGCCUCCUGGCUCAUCGCCAACACCUGACUCGCCAACGCAGCCACAGUGCCGGGGAGGUCAGCCCGCGACGACUGAUUGGUGAAGACCCUCGUCACGCCGGCCCACCCGUCCUGCCAAGGCCUUCGAGCACCUUCACCUCUGCCAACAGGGGGCAGUGCCAAGACGUUGUGCCAGUGGCUUACAAUGAAAAGAUUGUGGCGUUUCUUCGACAACCAAACAUCUUUGAGAUUUUGCAGGAAAGACAGCCUGACUUCAACCGGAACCAUUCACUCAGGGAGAAGGUGCAGCUCAUACGCACAGAUGGAGGGUCAGGAUUGGCCAGGCUGUCAGGUGAUGCUGAUCUUGUCAUGCUACUAAGUCUGUUUGAAGAUGAAGUAAUGUCCUACGUGCCUCCUCAUGCCUUACUUCACCCCAGCUACUGCCAGUCACCUCGGGCAUCCCCUGUCUCCUCCCCACAGAACUCGCCUGGUACUCAGAGAGCUAAUGCCAGAGCCCCAGCGCCCUAUAAAAGAGACUUUGAGGCCAAACUGCGCAACUUCUACAGGAAACUGGAAACUAAAGGCUACGGCCAAGGACCAGGGAAACUAAAGUUGAUCAUCCGUCGUGACCAUCUGCUGGAAGAUGCCUUCAACCAGAUCAUGUGCUAUUCCCGUAAAGACCUGCAGCGCAGCAAGCUCUAUGUCAGCUUUGUCGGGGAGGAGGGGUUGGACUACAGCGGGCCUUCCAGAGAGUUCUUCUUCUUGGUUUCCAGGGAGCUGUUCAACCCUUAUUAUGGUCUGUUUGAGUACUCUGCCAACGACACUUACACCGUCCAGAUCAGCCCAAUGUCCGCUUUUGUAGACAAUCACCACGAAUGGUUCCGAUUCAGUGGACGUAUUCUGGGUUUAGCUCUGAUCCACCAGUACCUGCUGGAUGCCUUCUUCACCAGACCCUUCUAUAAAGGCCUACUACGCAUUCCCUGUGACCUGAGUGACCUGGAGUACCUAGAUGAGGAGUUUCACCAGUCGCUUCAGUGGAUGAAGGACAACGACAUAGAAGACAUGCUGGAUCUCACCUUCACCGUCAAUGAAGAGGUCUUUGGACAGAUAACAGAAAGGGAACUGAAGCCGGGCGGGGCCAACAUCCCAGUAUCAGAAAAGAACAAAAAAGAAUACAUUGAGCGUAUGGUGAAGUGGAGGAUAGAGAGAGGAGUGGUGCAGCAGACUGACAGCUUGGUCAGAGGUUUCUACGAGGUGGUGGAUGCCAGGCUAGUAUCGGUGUUUGACGCAAGGGAACUGGAGCUGGUGAUUGCCGGCACAGCGGAAAUUGACUUAUCAGACUGGAGGAACAACACAGAGUACAGAGGAGGUUACCAUGACAACCAUAUUGUGAUCCGGUGGUUCUGGGCAGCAGUGGAGAGGUUCAACAAUGAACAGAGACUACGGCUUCUGCAGUUUGUGACCGGGACAUCCAGUAUUCCUUACGAGGGCUUUGCUUCUCUGCGAGGCAGCAAUGGACCCCGCAGGUUUUGUGUGGAGAAGUGGGGAAAGGUCACUGCACUGCCCAGAGCGCAUACCUGUUUCAAUCGGCUGGACCUGCCACCAUACCCGUCAUUCUCAAUGCUGUAUGAGAAGAUGCUGACGGCCGUGGAGGAGACCAGCACCUUUGGGCUGGAAUGAUUCUCGUCUGUCCACCUACGGAAAUUUCAGCUUACUUAAGCCGCAUAAAUGACUGCUGGUCAUCAUGAAAAGAGAGGUGGCCGUGAUGGACAAAGGUUAAAAAAAGCUGGAUUUUGAGUAAAAUUUUUGGUUUGUGAUUAAUUUAUAAGUUUGGAGCUGCACUCUGACCUUCUGAAAUGUCCUGUGUACAGAGGUAAACACUUGUUUUUUGAUGCACCUUCACACAUUUCCCAACUACUUAGUAACGCACCCUUUCACCUCUGUGAUGUGACGAAUGAAGACCCACACUGCCUUUGGGAUCAGAAUCAUGACUGGAUUUGACCAAUUGGAGACCAGGAUGUUUUUUUGUUUUUUUUCACUUUCUCUUUUACAACAGGAGUUAAGAAUACAUCAAAGAAGAAGCAACCACUGCCUUUACUGCAAAAGCUCAGUGGACUCAGCCUCUUUUUAUUCUAGUGAGGAUGGACCUCAAAUAUAAGGCCUCUCCAUAACUGUGUUUCUUGGAGUUCAGUGUCUCUUUUUGGCCUGUAGUAAUAACCACUCAUGCAAUUACUUCUUAAAUCCAUUUGAGGACUGCCUGAUACAUGUGGUAAGGUUUUUGGAAUUCUCCCAUGAACUUCUACAGCAAAUUUUGGAUUCCAGACAAAAGCUGUGGUAUUUUCAUCUACAAGAAAAAGUGAUUUUCUAACGAUGUGGCAGUGACAUGUUGUGAUUUGAAUGUAACAAACUUUAUGAUGUAGAUUGUGCAAGAAGUGAUUUUGUACCAGAUUUGGAUCAAUUGGCAAAAAAAUCUUUGGCCACCACUUAAUAAUUAUGAGUUAUUGUUUUGAUUGGAGAAACUCACAAACACUUUUGUAAUUCCAUUUAUUUGGAAUGUACUUGAUUGUUUUGCAUUGAUCCAGGUCUAUUUUUCAAAGUUUGUUAAAAGUAGUCUACACUCAAGAGGUGUAGAUUGAAAGAAAAAUGUACAUCUAAAUAGGCAACGUAAAUCAAAUGUCCAUCUACCAGUGGAGGAUCUAGAAAACCGGGGUGGCAAAAAGUUAAGCUGGUUGGCAUUGGAAGGUGGGGGUAGUGGCGGUUCGAGGGGCAGGGAUGGAAGAAUUAAAAGGUCACCAGCUGCAUGUGGUGGGGCACGAGCAUGCAGCAAAACACUUAUACAAAUACAUUGUGUCUAUAUGUUGAUUUAUUACUCUUUAAAAACUAUAUCAUUAUCGUUUAUUCUUGUACUUAUGUAAAUGUACUUAUUAAUUUUCCAAUAGUUACUGAGAUAUUUCAAACUAAACCAAAAUGAUUAACUAACAAACAUUGCCCUACAUGUCACAUGAAGGGAUGAAUGUAACGGCACAGUUGCAGCAUGUAAUGUAACUUUUUAGCUAACGUAACAAUAAUGGACUGACUAUUAUUGGGCAUUAUCAGUUUUGGAUUGUCUCCGUAUUUCUUACCUGGUUCAGUUUAGACAGAUCAGUCACAUAGGGUGAGAAAAUUAUAUAAUUUUAUAAUUAUGGACAAUAUCCCCAUUGUACUGAUGGGUAGCUCCUCACUCACUCUCUCUCUCUCUCCCUCUCCCCGCCCCGCUAGACACACACACACCCAUAUCAGACCCCAACAAUAUCCCCAAGCCCCACUACAGCUGCUGGUAUGAAAAACAUAAUACGGCUAUCUGAUUUUAAGAUGCGAUUUUAAGUUAAUUUACUAUGUAUUCACAGAAAAUUACCCUGAGAUAUUAUUUUUUUUAUUUUAUUAAGUCAAGGACCUACUGUUUUUCUUGUUUACACUUUUAAAGAAUGUACGAUAGCCCGGAUUACAAAAUAUUAUUUCCGUAUUAAGUUAGGUAGAAACUUGGGUAAAUGUUCAUGUGCGAAUUCAGUUUAAAUCAAUUGGAAUCAAAUAAUUCCAUUCUCAUAAUGAAAAUAUAUUUUUUCCAUCACUGAAUGCACUGCCCUUUGUAAGUCUCACCAGAAAGUACCAAAGUUUUGAGCCUUAAUCGGCUGCCUCACAUCUAACCCUAAUCCAUACAACCACUCUAUCUGUACAGUCCACCUCACCUCACUUUUGAAUAUGAAUGUUUGACAGCACUCUGCUCCUAAAAUAAAAUUGUAUCACUCAAUGCUGCUUUUUUCAUCUUUCCCACUCUAAUUGAGUAAAACAAUCCCAUUUGCAGCUUUAGCUGUGGUGUGUUCGCACCACAGACUGUAUACAAUAAUGUUCACACUUUUUUCUGC